UGGCCAGCACCCGUGGCCUGAUGCCAGGGGUUGCCUUCCGUGCCAAGAGGAGCCCAGAUGCCUGCCUGCCAAACCCGUGCCAGCACCAGGGGCAGUGCCAGGUGACUGUGGACGGAGCAGUUUGCAGCUGCAAGCCAGGCUUCACAGGGGAAUUCUGCCAAGAUGUGGUACUGAAGUUGGCCUGUGAGGAGGAGCACAUGAAGAUGAUGGUGAGGAAGGAGGUGUUUGAGCUCUUGAAAAUCCCACUGGAACUUGUCCACUUGAAGAACCAGGCGUGCAAGGUCUCUGAGAAGGAAGAAGAGGGUGAGCUGUUUUUCGCAGCCACUCUCACAGGUGAAAACCACACUGCCUGUGGAUCAGUAAUCCAGCAAAACAGCUCCCAUGUCUCGUACUCCAACGUCAUUGAGUCGGAGCAGGAGGCGCACAGGGCCAUGAUCUCCCGCAGUUUCCAGCUGGAGGUGCACUUCUCCUGCAUCUACGCCUACGAGCAGGUUGUGAGACUGCCCUUCGCUCUCACUGCUGUUGACAAGCUGGUACAGCUUGUGGUCAGAGAAGGACACUUCAAUGUCAGCAUGAGACUCUACAAGUCCCCCUCCUACCUCGAGCCUUAUCACCUGCCAAGUGUGGCUGUCCCCCUCACGGACACGCUCUAUGUCCUGCUGAAGAUGGAAGGGCAGCACCAGCUCAGGUAUUUCCUGCUGAGUGUUUUGGACUGCUGGGCCACGCCGAGCAUGGAUCCGCACCAGGACACGCAGCACAAGCUCAUUGAGCAGGGGUGUCCCCACGACGAGACGGUGACCUAUCUGAAUGCCAUUGGAGAGAGCACUGCUGCCAAGUUCAGCUUCCAGAUGUUUCAGUUUGUUGGUUACCCUGAGGUGUUCCUGCACUGCCGUGUGCAGCUCUGUGUUCCUGACAGCCCAGAGCCCUGUGCCAAGCAAUGCCCCAGGCCCUGGAGGAGCAGGCGGGCACUGGCAGAUGACUACAACAGGAUUGUCUCCUACGGGCCCAUCCUCCUGCUGGCUGCUCCUUCCUCAGGAGCAGAGAUCCACCACUCCAGCACUGGCCAGCAGGACCCAGCAGGACCCAGCCCGUGGCUCUCCAGGGCCCUCAUCCUGCUGUGCGUGCUGGCCGUGCUCACUGUGGCUGCUGCGGCCGUCAGCGUGGGGCGGCGAAUGGCUUAGGAAACAGCUGUUUCCCAAUAAACAGGACAGGAGCAGAGAGGCUCUUGCUGUGUCUUUGUGGGUGUUUUGGGAAAGGGGGUAAUGGCUGGCUGC